AUGAAUAAUAGCAAUAGCCUCUUUAACUUUCCUCUUGAAAAAGUUGUUCUCCCUACACAAUAUUUGAAGAAUGCUUCAUUGAAAUUCAGUUACACCGGGAAUCCUCAUCUUUAUAAGCGUAAUAAAGUCGGGAUUGCUGUUAAGUCAACCAUUGGUGUUGUAGUCCCCACUUUUGUAGCAAUCAUAUUGUUUCUUAUAUGUCGUAACAGACAUAACUCCAAGAAACAAAACCAAAUGGUCAAUGUGAACGCCGAUCAAGUAAUUGAAGGUGCAGCUGUAAUUGUACCCAACCCUGUGAAGUCUAGUUCAUUUAGUCUAGUUGAGAUGAUGAGAGCUACACAGAAUUGGAGCCAAAAGAUUGGUGAAGGGGGUUUUGGAAGUGUCUACUUUGGCAAAUUGCAGGAUGGUAGAGAUGUGGCUGUAAAGCUUCUGUCGUCCUCAUCUAAACAAGGAGCAACGGAGUUCUUGAACGAGAUCGAUCUGCUGUCUCGAUUGAAUCACAGGACCUUGGUAUCCUUGCUUGGCUAUUGCAGUGACUUGAAAGUUGAAACAACUUAUGCUUGGAAGCAGCCUAAUCAACUGUUGAUUAUAUUUUCCUCUAAUAAAAAGGAUCAACGUCAAGGGCCAUUUUCCAAUUUGCAGGGUUCCUUGGCCAACUCUUCUACACUGGAUUGGAAAAGUAGGCUUCGAGUGGCUUUAGAUGCAGCAGAAGGUAGUACAUCGCCGGUGUACAUCGGUUAUUCGAAACUUUGGAAUGAUUUCGGACUGCAAUAUCUGCAAGUAAGUUGCACACCAAAAAUCGUUCACAGAGACGUGGAGAGCUCAAAUAUCCUGCUGGACUCCAGACUACGGGCAAAAGUAGCAGAUUUUGGCCUUUCAAAAAUGAUUAGCGAUGACAAUGUAUCUCAUGUGACCACCACCAUAAAAGGAUCGGUUGGCUACUUAGAUCCAGAGUAUUUCCGUACGAGCAAGUUGACAGAGAAAAGUGACGUAUACAGCUUUGGAGUGGUUUUGCUGGAUAUCAUAUGCGGCAGAAAGACGAUAGACACGGAACGCUCCAAAGAAGAGAUCAGCCUUAUCAAAUGGGUCAUGCUCUAUAUAGAGAUGAUUGAAGAAUCUGGCUAUCAAUUGACAGACAUCCUAGAUAAAAGGCUGCGUCUAUCCGAAAGUGACUUCAAAUCCUUCUAUGAUCUACUAGCCUUGUCAGUAAAAUGCAUUCAGAGCGAGGCAUCCAAUAGACCAACGAUAAGCGAGAUUGUCACGCUGUAUUUGGAGAUGAAUGAAGAAUCUGGCCGUCAAUUGACAGAUAUCCUAGACAAAAGGUUGCGUCUAUCCGAAAAUGACUUCAAAUCCUUUCAUGAUCUAUUGGCUUUGUCAAUAAAAUGCAUUCAGACCGAGGCAUUCAAAAGACCAACGAUGAGUGAGAUUGUAACACAUAUAAGAGGCGCUCUGAUUUCAGUCGAAUCGAAUGACACGACUGAAGAAUAUGUGCAGUCUUUCAGCUUUGCAGAAUAUAGCUGCAGCUUAAUCCAUACUGGUAGGUGA